UGCGCGCUAUUGUUUUGAAACCAGCAUGGCGCCAUUUUAGUUGUUGUAGUAACGUCUACCUCUGUCUAUAUGCUUCCGUCGUAGAAAAAAAAAAAUCACAGAGAAAAAAUAAGCCCAUCCGUCUACUUGAGGUUAUUUGUAUGGCCUGACGAUAAAACGUAUGUGCUGAUUCCCAGGCCGUCCUUUUAACACGAGAUAACUGGUAGCUAGCUUGUUAAUGUUUCUAACUAAGAGUGGCUCCAAGAAAUGGAGGAAGCAGCCAAUCAAUAUAACAGGAGACCAAAGAGGAGGCUCUGCUAUAAGACCACCAUGCAGAGCGCACUGAAAGAUAAAUGGAAAGGCAGCCUGUCCAUGGGAGACGUAGACAGGAUGUUUGAUGACCCGGACUCUCCCAUUGACGCACUCCCGUCACUUCUCCAACUCUCGGACUCGGAUAGUGAGGAAAUCCAGGCUGUGGGACGUGCUACAUCACUAGAUGUAACGGCAAAAUCUGCAAAGUCUGCCAAAGAAGACCCAUUACAUCCUGUGACAUGUACGCCUGUACUAAGUCCUGUCCUAAAUAUCGACCAUUCAAACGUUCCUUUCCAAGAACCUGUGAAGAUUUCCAGCUUAGUAGAGGUGAGCAGGGGUGACAAUUCGGCACAGACAAAGACCAACAACAAAGGCAAGAUGCUGUCACCGAUCGUCUCUGACUGUGAAGAAAAGAAAGAUGCGGCAACGAUUAAGCCAGCCACUGAUAACAAGUCAGCACAACAGGAGCCAAGUGUGACCACUGCUGAGAAGGACCACGAGAGCGUUCCCAGAAAUUCCUCCAUGAAAACCCCAAUUUGGGCAUUCCUGCAAAAGGUUCGAGACUCCAACCAGUCCAAAACCAAAGUGAAAUCCGUGACAACGCUCAAAGCGCCCACACACCCUCCUGAUUUCGAGGACGAUUUCCUGAUUGUGGAUGACAACGGCCCUUUUUGCUUUUCCAUUGCCACGAAAUCAACCAAUAAGCAGAAUAAGAACAAAGAGUCCACCAGUGGCAAUGGCAGGGAGAUGGACGUGCUGAGCAAGAAGCUACUCAAAGAGCAGACAGCCCUCCAAAAAACUCCAAAGAACAUGAGAGAAAAAAAGAACGAGGCCAAGCAUUGCAUUACUCCCAAGAAAAACAAUCCACAGCAUCCGCGCAACAAGGCUGACAAUCAACCCAAAUCGGCGACCGGCAGACAACCAGACAACCAGACCGUCACGCCUUCAUCCGAGUCUCCCAAUGAACAGUUACAUCCAGCGACACGCUUGCCAAGUGCUGCUCUAAACAUCGACCAUUCAGACGUUCCUUUCCAAGAACCUGUGAAGACUUCCAGCCCACUGGACGAGAGCAUGGGUCGGAAUUCGGCACAGACAAAGACCAACAACAAAGGCAAGAUGCUGUCACCGAUCGUCUCUGACUGUGAAGAAAAGAAAGAUGCGGCAACGAUAAAGCCAGCCACUGAUAAGAAGACCCUGCCACCGGUUAAAGCGCCCACUCCCCCUCCUGAUUUAGAGGAUGAUUUCCUGGCCGUGGAUGACAUGUCUUUUUGCGUUUCCAUUCCUACGAAAUCAACCAGUAAGCAGCUUAAGAGCAAAGAGUCCGGCAGUGACAAAGGCGGGUUGACGGACAGCUGGCAGCAGAACGAGCCGCCAAAUAAGAAGUUGCUCAAAGAGCAGACGGCCCGGAAAAAAACUCCCAAGAACACGAGAGUAAAAACGAACGAGCCAAAGCAUCGCAAUAUCCCCAACAAAAAGAACCCACAGGGUCCGCGCAACAAGGCUGACAACCAAACCAAAGUGGCGGCCGUCAGCCUGACAGACGCCCAGAGCGUCAAGCCUUCAUCCAAGGUGAAGACGUCUUCAAAAGGCGACCGAGAAAAUCCCAAGACCAACAGGCCGGCUUCAAGCGCGAAGGGGAUGAAGACGCAGCAUCAGGAGUGCAGAAAUGAAGAGUGUGAAGAUGUCGACCUGGCUUCUUCUUCCGUUUUCGACUUGGGGCAACCCGACACCGCUGAGGAUUCGGCAGCCCGAACAUUUGAGCAAAAUCAUCAGUCUACUCCUGGCAGGAGUCCCACCGAGGAGUUUCAGAUGCUGGGCAAAAGGAAAAGAAACCCGCCUGGAGAGUGGUGGCUCGGCUGCCCUCAAACGGAGGCGCAACCUGAGGUGAGAGGCGAGGCGCACUGUGUCAAGAAGUACAAAGCGAACCGCGGAGAACCGGUCAAGGAAGCGUCUGCGUUACCGGCCAAGCCCAAGAGAUUGCUCAAAAGCACAAUCGAGAAGGAUGCGAAAAAGUCCAAGAAGGUUCGGUCGAAGGCGAAAAGAGCCCUGUGGAAAAGAUUGCCCAGUGAACCAAACGGUGAUGGAGCAGAACAAACAGAAGAUCAGGAGCAACAGCAAUUCCCGGAUCGGGACUCUUCUCCUCAGCUUUCCAGUCCUCAGGACUUCAUCCAACAACACCGAAACCACAAUUCAGAGCAUCGAGUAUUCCGGCGAAUGUACCAGAGCACUCGUAAGAAAAAAGUGUCCAGCAAGCCCAUCCCGCCGAGGACCACGGGAUCUCUCGAGCAGCUGCCGGAGAAACGGCGAAGCAGACUGCCCGGUGAGUGGUGGAAGGUCACGGCCACGCCAGAGAACGCGGAGGCGGGGCUUCCGAGUCACAAGAAGUCCAAACUUGGCAUGAAAACAAAAGCCAAACAAAGCAGACCUUCGGCAAAAUCGCCUUGGCAGGCGGUCGAUUUGCCGCCCAGUCAAACGACGCGGGACGAAGAGCAGACAGAGAGAGUGAACACCCCUGCCAAGGUUUUCUCCACCCGGCCCUUACCCAACGACGAAGGCGCCGCUCAGAGUCAUGAAGUCGUGGUGCGAGUCUACACUCCCGACUGCGCGACUGCCAACAGCCAAGGAACUUUCACUGUGGAAGGAAGGCGAGACAGCCUACAGGACGGUUCCUCUCCUGAAGGGGAAAUAUUACAAAGCGGACCGGUGUCCAUGAUUGAACUCGAACCACACCAUGAUGCAGACCUUCCGUCGACCAGACGCCCCCCCGCCGAGCUGUCGGUUUGCGACAUGUGCGCUCCUCCCCUCAAGCCGUGCACCCUGCGGGCCGGGGACAGGAACGAUCUGGGCGAGUGGCUCCAACUUCUGUUCCCCACCACACUCACGGGAGAGAAUCACAAAAACUCGGCCGUUUCCCCCGACCAGUUUGACUGGUACUUCUACAAAAACGGCACCAUGGGCAUCGUGGAGGACUUGCAUUGUUGGAACUUCUCUCACGGGAAGAUGCUGCUGGGCUCCUUCAUGAAGAAACCUCUUUGGGUGGACCACAGCGCCACCAUGGUUUUUUUUCUGCUAACGAGCUCCGUCAGGGUCAACGUAGACUGUGUCGAGUCUUGUGUGCAUGCAGGCAAUUCCUUCAUGGUGCCUUGUGGCCACGCCUACAGCAUCCAGAACCUGGCGGAGCAGCCCGCAUUCCUCUGCUUUAACAGAAUGCUCACCGAGAGUCCCGACUGAAGCAUUGACCAGUCGCAUCCAGUUAAGGAUUCUUAAUCGCUAUUCGUCGAGCAGCAGUUUUGAUGAAUGUAUUUUUUGUCACUAUUUGGCAGAAAUGUGAAAUUAAUUUGUAUAAGUCCAUUUGUCAAUGAUUGUUAGACUUAAGUGUUGUUUUGGAAGUCAUUUUCUUCCUUGUAUGGCUAAAUCGCCAGUUUCUGCUUUGAAGCUGCUGUACUGCCGCACACGUUGCCAUAUCAGAACCAGACAGAGGUUUAAUUAAAACAGUCAUUCAUUUCAA